AUGGUGAGGAUGGUGAGAAGCUGCUUACAGUCGAUGCUGAAGCUGGUGAAUUCGCUUCUUGGGAUGGUUGGUGUCGCCAUGAUCCUCUACGCUGUUUGGCUCAUCAGGCAAUGGCAAGAACAAACUGGUUCUCUUCCCUUCGCUGACCCCGUUCCUUGGUUCAUUUUUGCUUUUCUUUGUCUCGGGGCACUUCUCUGUCUUGUCACUUGCGCUGGCCACAUCGCUGCUGAAACCAUCAAUGGUUGUUGUCUUUACUUUUAUAUGGGAUUCAUCUUCUUGUUGAUUAUGGUUGAAGGCGGUGUCAUUGCCGAUACCUUUCUUAACCCUGACUGGAAACAGGACUUUCCAGAGGAUCCAAGUGGCGCCUUCUACCGUUUCUCCAAGUUCGUCGAGUCCAACUUCAAGAUUUGCAGAUGGAUAGGUCUCUCCAUUUUCUCUGUCCAGGGUGCAUCAGUUCUAUUGGCCAUGUUGCUCAAAGCUCUUGGACCUCACCGACAUUAUGACAGUGACGAUGAAUAUGAUGUGAGCACGGUUCCACUCCUGCGGGAUGCUCGCCAGCCACAUCCAUACGUAGUUGGAGAACCCAUUUAUGGAGCCAAACCGGAUUCGUGGUCUGUUAGGAUUAAUGAAAGAGCCAACCGGUAA